ACGUGUUACGCGUUUUCUUGGCAUCCAAACAGCCCCUGGGUAGCCAAACAAAUGAUGCUGAGCAUAAGGCGACAAAAAGAGGUCAUUACGUGCAGCGCGUUUUCUUGGGACGACGGUCCAUGGCAUCCCUCCCCCCUCUCUCUCUCUUCACGAGGACAGAAAUAGGCAUUAUAAAAAGGCGGACAAAAGCGUGCCUUUUCCACAGCACUCCUCUUAUAACCCUCUUCUCCGCAGUCGUUUGUUUCCAUGUGUGAAGAUGAAUUGGACUGGGUUUUGGUCCCUCGCCCUAACGAGAUCGACGUAUGGAGCUCGACCGCCGCCCAAACCGAACCGGCCGACAUUCCACUCAAGGUCCGGUUCGCCGCUCCCGCAAAGCACUGGACCGAUGCCGUUCCCAUCGGCAACGGUCGACUCGGGGCCAUGGUCUGGGGUGGGGUCCCCUCCGAGAAACUGCAGCUCAACGACGAUACUCUCUGGACUGGGGUACCAGGCGAUUAUACAAGUCCGCAAGUGCCUAAUUUUCUAUCUAAGAUCAGAGAAUUUGUUGAUAAAGGCCAAUAUGUAGAAGCCACUGAUGCAGCUCUUGACUUCCCUGGUCAUCCACCAGAUGUUUACCAGCCUCUCGGUGAUAUCAAUCUGGACAUUGGCGAUCCCAAUGUUGCCUAUACUGCAGAAACUUAUGAAAGAGAGCUUGAUUUGGAGACAGCAACAGUAAAGGUGAAAUAUGCUCUGGGUGCUGUAAAAUUCACAAGGGAACACUUCGCUUCGAACCCACAUCAAGUUAUUGUGACCAGGCUUUCUGCAAAUGUAUCAGGUUCACUCUCCUUCAUGGUAUCUCUGGACAGCAAAUUGCAUCAUUAUUCACAAGUAAACGAUGCGAACCGGAUCAUCAUGGAAGGAAGUUGCCCUGGUGAAAGAAUACCACGCAAAUCAGAUGCUAACGAAAAUCCAAAGGGAAUUCAGUUCUCUGCAGUUCUUGAACUGCGGAUUAGUGAUGAUGCAGGAGCAAUAAAGAUAGUAGAUGGUAAGAAGUUGAAAGUAGAAGGAACAAGCUGGGCUGUAUUGCUUCUGGCAGCUUCAUCCUCGUUUGAUGGGCCUUUCACUAAGCCUUCAGAUUCUAAGAAGGAUCCUACAUCAACAUCUUUGGAUAUUCUUAAUUCAAUAAAAAACUUAUCGUUCUCCGAGCUUUAUUCAUAUCAUUUGGAUAAUUAUCAAAAGCUUUUUCAUCGUGUCUCACUGCAGCUUUCUAAGGGUUCUAUAAGUAUACAUAAAGAACAAAAGUUAUCUCUUUCUAGCGACACCAAUAUUAAAAGUCUAGACACAGGCCGAACUCGGGUGAAGGGAAAUGUUUUGCAGGGACGAGAGAAAAUCAUGUUGUCAACAAGUACUUACACUGAAGAAUAUAACGAGGAUGUGAUAUCUACUGCUGAAAGAGUGAAAUCUUUCAAAGAUGACGAGGAUCCAUCCUUGGUGGUGCUUCUGUUCCAAUAUGGUCGGUAUUUGCUCAUCUCUUGUUCCCAAGCUGGAACCCAGCCUUCAAACUUGCAGGGGAUAUGGAGCGAAGACAUUGAACCGGCGUGGGAUGCCGCUCCCCACCUGAAUAUCAAUCUUCAGAUGAAUUAUUGGCCUGCCCUUUCUUGCAACCUUAGAGAAUGCCAGGAGCCCUUGUUUGAUUAUAUUUCCUCCCUUGCAAUCAAUGGGAGUAAAACUGCCCGGGUCGACUAUGAAGCCAGUGGUUGGGUUACUCAUCACGACUCUGACAUAUGGGCAAAAACAUCUCCUGAUCAAGGUGAUCCUAGAUGGGCUUUGUGGCAAAUGGGUGGAGCAUGGCUAUGUACACACUUGUGGGAGCAUUAUACUUACACUAUGGACAAAGAUUUCUUAGAAAAUAAGGCAUACCCACUUUUGGAAGGAUGCACAUUCUUUCUGUUGGAUUGGCUGGUUGAAGGUCAUGGUGGUUAUUUGAUUACAAACCCAUCAACUUCUCCAGAACAUCAUUUCAUUGCUCCUAAUGGUAAACUCGCAAGCGUGAGCUAUUCAACAACUAUGGAUAUGGCAAUCAUAAGAGAGAUUUUCUCUUCAGUUAUUUCUGCUGCUGAGGUUCUGGGAAGAACCAAUGAUAAUUUAGUUGAAAAGGUCAGAAAGGCACAGUUAAGGCUUUACCCAACAAAAAUUUCUAGGGAUGGUUCCAUCAUGGAAUGGGCACAAGAUUUUGAGGAUCCAGAAGUACGUCAUCGGCAUCUAUCUCACCUGUUUGGCCUUUUCCCGGGUCAUACAAUUACCCUUGAGAAAACUCCAGACUUGUGUAAGGCUGCUGCUUACAGCCUUUACAAAAGAGGAGAGGAGGGCCCAGGAUGGUCAACCGCAUGGAAGAUAGCCUGUUGGGCACGUCUUCACAACAGUGAACAUGCAUACGGGAUGGUCAAGCAUUUGAUUAUCUUGGUAGAUCCUGAUCAUGAAGCCAGCUUCAAAGGGGGGCUCUACAGUAAUUUGUUCGCAGCGCACCCUCCAUUCCAGAUUGAUGCAAAUUUUGGUUUCACAGCUGCAAUUGCGGAAAUGCUUGUCCAGAGCACUGAAAGAGACCUGUAUUUGCUUCCUGCCCUUCCACAUGAUAAAUGGGCAAGUGGGUGUGUUAAAGGACUGAAGGCUCGUGGUAAUGUGACCGUCAACAUAUGUUGGAAGGAAGGGAAGCUUCAUGAAGCCAAUCUUUGGGCAGAGAAUCAAAAUUCACACAGAAGAUUGCAUUACAAUGGAACUGUUUCUGUGGUUAGAUUUUCUGUUGGCACUAUUUACACAUUCGACGGACAGCUGAAAUGCUUGAAGAUGUGCUCUCUCUCCAAAGCAGCUAUUUCAUAAAAUAGAUGAGAUCAAAUGAAGUUCAGGAAGAGCUUGUUUUGAUUCUUUCAGUUGGCCUUUAGGGGGUCCACUUGUGUCACUUUUGUGCCCGUGUGGACCAUUCUUGGUUCUUAUAUGCUUUUGUUUUGUUUAUGGACUUAAACAUGUGUUUGGGCUUGGUUUUAGGCGCAUGGGCUAUUGUAUUAUAGUAACUUUUAGUAAGAGGAGCAUUACUUGUCAUUGAAUAUCUUUUAGUGAAGCCCUAAUUUAAUAAUAAAAAAUUUAGGGGGGGAAUGAUAUUAUUA